ACUCGUUGGCCCCCCUUUGUGUGCAACUGUCAUGGUCAUCACCGAAACGUUCGACAUUUAAUUGCUGAAAUCCUCUGGGUGGCAAGCAAGCGGACAUUUUCCUCCCCGACAUCCUUGCGCGUCAUUCCCACUUUGCUCACUUACACGGCUCCAUGAUGGCCUCGCACGAGGACGUACCUCCCCCGCCGUAUUCUGAGACGGACAUCUACUCGACCUCCGGGAGAGACGCGCACGCCGCUGACGACGCCGCCAGUCGCUCCACAUCAUCUUCAAAUGGCGAUAUUAUUUAUACCCCUCCCUUGAGUCCCAGGAGCUCUCAGAAUUCCAACUUCGCCGGUGAAGUUGACCACACCUUAAGCUCAGCAGCUGCAGCAUACUUUGAGACUCGACCAGCACCUCGCCUGAGCAGUCCUCAACCUCAUAUAUCUCACUUCAUCACUGUUCGCCCCAACUCCACGCCAGAUACCCUGCCCUACCCCAGGGUGCUCUCGUCCCGGGACGUACGGCUCGAAGACUGGCAGACUUUCGUCAACUGUCUCAUACCGCACCACUCAGCAACGGUCAACGAACAAGUUAUCAACCGCAAACUGCGUGCCGAAACUAUGACCGCCAUCAGCAGCACCAAUGGUAAUAAUGACGACGAGGUCCGCUCUCAGUCCUCGGCCCGGAGUCACGCGGAGGCCCAACUGAACCAAAUCCGGACGCCCAUCGAUGUUGACCCGGCUCAGCAGCGCCAGACCAUCGAUGCUACCGUCCACGAGUGGAACGACGGCUUCUUCGGCCCGCGCCGCGUCACCAUCCAUGUGGAAGUCGAACCCGUGGCCGCCACCACCACCAACAACAACAACAACAACAGCGGCCUCAACGAAGUAACCUCGCAGCCAGAGAAGCAGCCCAUGCCCGGUGCAUGGGACCAGUCCUUUGAUCACCAGCAGGCUGAGCGAGAAGGCGAGCGUGGUGCUGCCACAGGUGGUUUUGGUGGCCCGGCCUCGCCGCGUUCCCGCUUCCCUUUCUUUGGUGGUGCCGGUGGUCCCCGCGGUGGUCACGGACCGGGCAACGGUCGUGGCGGGUUCCGACUCGGAGGCAUCAACAUUGAGAAUGACCGCGUGUCGAUCGGGAACAUUCUCGAAGCUGACGGCCGGACCGGCUCGCUGCGUGUUGGGGGGAUAGUAGCGGAUAGUAAUGGGAUUAGGAUCAACGGCCGGCCCAUGUUUGGUGUUCGCGGUGGUCCCGGUCGGGGACCCUGCGGGCCGCCUGGUCUCGGGAUGGGAUGUGGUCGCGGGGCAGGCGGUCCGUGGGGACCGCGGGGCGGGGGUCCCAUGGGCGGUCGUUGGUGGCCUGACCGUGGUGGUUGGGGCAGAGGUAACUGGUGGGAUCGACCGCAUCCGGGUGACACUGGUGAUCAUGGUCACGGUCGUGGACGCGGGCGGGAUGAUCAACGCGGUCCUCAUCCCGGAGAUUGCCACCGGUCCCGCUCGAGCUCCGCAUCCAGUUGCUCGUCGCGGUCGUCAUCUGCCCAUUCCGAGUCUUCUAUCGGCUCCCUGCCGGAUUAUGACGACCUCCGCGACUCUCAGCUGCCCGUUGCGAAGCAGUACCUCCAAGAAUGGCUGCAUCGGCCUGACCAGAAUAUCACGAAAGAGCAGGUGAAGAACCUGAAAGAACAAAUCAAAGCCGCUAUACACACCACCGAUCCAGCCACAAUGGCUCAUGACAGGGCCGCCCUCCGCCGUGAGGUUAAGGACCUCCUGAGGGACUGGAAGGCUUUGAAGAAGCAACAGAAGCGAACUCGCAAGCAGCUCCGCCGAGAACGGAAGCAGCUGCGCAGGCAGGCGAAGCGCGAGCGUAGAGAUGCGAGGCGGGAAGCGAGGCGUGCGGGGAAGGACGCCAGACGGGGACGGCACCAUGGCCACUGCCACGGCCACGGCGGACCCUUCCAUCACUUCGGCAUGCCGCCUAUGCCUCCCAUGCCUCCUAUGCCCCACGGGUCACACAUGCCCCCAAUGCCUCCCAUGCCCCCAAUGCCCCCCAUCUUCGGCCAUCGCGGCCCGCCGCCGGCGCCGCAUGAUGACGGGCAGCCCGGUUCUGGCCCAACCAUAGACAGCCCGUUCUCCCAUUUCCCCUGGGCCGGUCACAACCGCACACCAGGCGCUUGGCCCGCCGAUGACACCAGCCCGCCCUACGAGCAGACCGAGGGCGUCGCCGAUGCCACCACCUACACCGCCUACCAUGCCAAGUACAAGGCUGCCUGGGACUUGGAGGCCAAGAUGGCGGAGAAGGAUGCCGAGCUGCUGAAGCUGUAUGAGCGAAUUGUGGAGGAGCAGGCGGCUGCUAGUAAUGCUGGACAGCAUAGCGGUAGCAGUAGCAAAGGGGAUGGGAUUGAGAAGGAGAAGCCCGGGCCGUCGAAGAUGGAGGCGGAGGCCCUGGCGGUCAUUAAGGAGAUGGAGGAGCUCGCCGGGCAGAUGGAGAGGCUGCGUACAGAGGCAGACGAGGAGUUCGCCAGGGAGUUGGCUGAGAAGGAGAAGCGGCAGGCGAGUUUCUAGUUGCCUGUUGUUGCUGUGACGACGCUCAUGGCCCGCUUUGGGAAGAGUAUGAUUUGAAUAGUUUUCUUGAGGUUGGUUAGGCAAAGUGGUUGGUUCCAAGGCUUAGGUAGUUAGUUAGCUAGGUAGUGACAAUCCUACUCAAACCCACC